CUCGAGCAUGUGCAAGAAGGCAGAGGAGAUCAGAGGGCGGGAAAGGGUCCGUCCCUUCGAGACCGCCAGCAUGUCGCAGCUGCUGGAGCGAUGCUCCCGAGUUCACUUCCUCAAGAAGAACGACAACCUUCCCGAGGCCUCCACCAAGAGCAGCCUCUUCCUCGUCCGCACCGGCGAGAUCCGCCUUGUUACUCUGGAGGGGAACACGUUCAGGGUGGUGCGGGAGGGCUCCUGCUUCGGAGAGAUUAAUUUCUCCCUCAACUGCACCGCAGGUCACUACAAGUGCGUUGCCAACGUCAACUCAGUCGUGCUGGAGAUUUCACAUCCCCAGCUGCACAAGUAUCUCAAGAACCAGCCGCAAAGUCUCGCCGCCUUCUUCUUCCUCGUCUUCUGCCAGGCUAUCGAGAAGGAGAUCAGAGAGACGGUCGAAGAAACUUUCCCGGGCACCUGGAGCAAGAAGUUCAGCAUGUCGGCCGAUGGGACAGGCACGCUCGGACGGGCUUCGAGAGCAGGAAAGAACCAUUCCAAGUCGAAACGAGGCUCCCUGACGUCCACGCCGACGUCUCGGACGGGCCUGAUGUCGAAGGUUUCCGGGUUCCUCAACGGAGAGGGCGAGAAAAAGCACAACUUCUCGAGGAGAAGGGGGGAAGGAGCCACCUCGCACAACGGGAAUGGAGAUUCUAACCAUGUCCUUCCACAAGUCACAGUAAUCUGAUGUAAUGUAUAUUUGAACUCCUC